CUUUACGGUAACGGCGUGUGUGUGUGUGUGUUUGUGUUGUCGCUCACCUCAUGUUAACAGUGUGAUAAUAAUAAUUGAUUCAUUCAUAUUAAUCGCGGAUGUUCCUCCAGAGAGACGCGCUGAUCGGCUCCGCGGUGCUCGCCCUGUCGCUCAGUGCCGGAUUCCUCAUCGGUUCAAGACGCUCUGCUGUCUUCAAGAUGUCAUUCGGGAAAAGUCACACGGGGAGGAAAGACGAUGCGGUGAUGCAGUACCUGCUCAAACACUCACUGAGGGAGCAUCCUGCACUGCGCAAGCUCAGAGAGAAAACACUGGAGCACGAGCUGAGCAUGAUCAUGGUGGCCUGCGAACAGUCUCAGCUCAUGGCCAACCUGGCCCGACUCAUACACACACACAAGGCCAUUGAGAUCGGUGUUUAUACAGGUUAUAAUGCGCUCAGCAUCGCUCUCACACUUCCUGAAGAUGGAAAACUGAUCGCGUGUGAUGUGUGUGAGGACUUUAUCAACAUCGGCAGACCCUUCUGGAGCCUGGCCGGUGUGGAGCACAAGAUAGACGUGCGCCUGCAGCCGGCUCUGCAGACUCUGGAUGAGCUUCUGGCCGCGGGUGAGGCAGAGACGUUUGAUUUCGUCUUCAUCGAUGCUGAUAAAGUCAAUUACGACAAUUAUUACGAGAAAUCCUUGCAGCUCGUCAGAAGAGGAGGAAUCAUCGCCAUCGAUAACGUCCUGUGGAGCGGGCGUGUGCUGUGUCCAGCAGAGGGCGAUGUGGACUCCAUCAGCAUACACACACUCAACCAGAAGAUCCACAGAGACACGCGGGUCAGUCUGAGCAUGCUCAGUGUGGGCGACGGCCUGACGCUCGCCUUCAAACUCUGAAUACACACACACACACGCACACACACACACCAGCAUAAUUGUAUACUUUAUAUUGAUGGUGUAACUGCUGAGUGAAUGGAGUGUUUGUGGAAUAAAGGCUGUGAGUAAUGAA